UAUUACGAUGUUGGUGGCGCUGAGCCAACGCUUGGUGAAAUUAACGUCUGACAGAGAAUAAUAAUUACCUAAAAUAAACGAAGGACAAUUUUAUAAUGUAUUAAUCCUAAAAAUGUUAUGUUAUAUAAUGAUGGACUGGGUAACAUCACUGAAAACGUAUAAUUCUUCAAAAGCUCAAAAAACUGAUAGUGAAAAAAAGUUGGAGGAAGAAAAAUGCGAAAAAACUUUUGAAGAUUUGUACUUGAAGUUCAAAGGUCAACCAAAGGAGGAGAAAGACGCAAGCUACGCUGCAAUUCCAAGAUUCUAUUAUAAGUUGCCGAGUGAAGAUGAGACCCUUUUACAGAAAUUGAGAGAGGAAUCUAGGGCUGUCUUCCUUCAAAGGCGCAGCAGAGAGUUGCUGGACAAUGAAGAGUUACAGAAUCUUUGGUUUCUUUUGGAUAAACAUCACACACCUCCAAUGGUUGGAGAAGACCAGAUGGUAAAUUAUGAAGAUUUCUUAAAAGUUUCUCUGGAAGCUGGACCAAAGUGCAAACCAUUCUUCACUGCCAUGGUCUUCGCUAAGUUGCUUCAGAACGACCCGUACGGCAGAAUAUCCAUCAUGCAGUUCUUCAACUAUGUCAUGCGUAAGGUAUGGUUACACCAGACACGCAUCGGACUCAGCCUCUAUGAUGUCUCCGGACAAGGGUACCUCAAGGAAUCUGAUCUUGAAAAUUAUAUACUAGAGUUGAUACCUACACUACCUCAGCUAGACUGCUUAGAGAAAUCAUUUUACUCAUUCUAUGUGUGUACAGCAGUCAGGAAGUUCUUUUUCUUCUUGGAUCCUCUUCAUACAGGCAAAAUAAAAAUCCAAGACAUAUUAGCUUGUAGUUUCUUAGAUGAUUUGUUGGAACUAAGAGAUGAAGAUUUACCAAAGGAAGCCCAAGAAACUAACUGGUUCUCAGCUCCCUCAGCCUUGAGAGUUUAUGGUCAGUACUUAAAUCUUGAUAAGGACCACAAUGGCAUGCUAAGUAAAGACGAACUAGCCAGGUAUGGCACAGGAACACUCACACCUGUAUUUCUCGAGCGGGUCUUUCAAGAAUGCCUAACAUACGAUGGUGAAAUGGACUACAAAACAUACUUGGAUUUUGUGCUCGCAAUGGAGAAUCGUAAAGACCCGCAAUCCAUCCAGUAUUUCUUUCGUCUUCUUGACGUGCAGGGCAGAGGUUACUUGAACAUUUUUGCGCUCAACUAUUUCUUUAGGGCAAUCCAGGACCAGAUGAGACAACACGGCCAAGAACCUGUUUCAUUUGAAGAUGUGAAGGAUGAAAUAUUUGACAUGGUGAAACCUGCUGACCCCCUCAGGAUAACUCUACAGGAUCUAAUACAAAGCUCUCAGGGUGAAACAGUUAGCAGUAUACUGAUUGAUUUGAAUGGCUUCUGGACUUAUGAAAAUCGUGAAGUACUGAUGGCAGAGAAUAACCAACACCAAGAUCAUUUUGAGGAAGAAAUAUGAAGGCAACACUCUAGGCAACAUCUGGGAUGGAUUGCUAUAAGCAAUCUAUUGGUUAUCUUAAAGUUUAGCUGGCUAUAAUUGUGGUUUGCAGUACAUACCGGGCUGUAAUUAUAGACCAAUAUUAUCUUUUCUGCAAAUCAAAAAUCGGCUAUAGAAACUAUGUUGUCAUUAGUUUCACAAUGACGUUUGCAUGUUGGACACAUUUAGGGCAUGAGUGGAGCCUCUUAUUGUUUUUUUUUGUCAGAAUCGGAAGGAAGGUCACAAACUCUCAGCACCACUCUAACACAUCAAUCAACGUUACUUGUACAAAGUUACGGUUGUUUUAUCUUGAUCCAGUUAGAGGGAACAUUGAAUACUGUAUUACCAAAAAAGUGAUGUUUGAAAUUAGUUUACAAAUAUUGAAUGUUUAUGAGUCCAAUGGAACAGUCAAUCUUUCAUUAUUUGUUGUAUAUCACACCUAAAAUAGAUUCUUGUCAUUUGAUAUUUUAUUCAAAAAUCUACCUUUUUUCUAAAAUGGAACAUUCCCACAUAUUUUUAUAACAAAGAUUGUAUUAAGAGGUUAAAGUCAUAUCUUUUCUUUAGCAAUGGGCAAAAACAAAUGGAAAUAAAUUUCCAUGGGGUAAAUAACCAAUGACAUGAUACAAAAUCCACUAAUCAAAUGACAGGGACCUAUUUAGGUGUGUUAGAAAAUGAGUUAUAUAUUUAUUUUCAAUCGUGGAUGGAGGCUUCAUAUUGUUGAAACAAUAUGAAUGUGUGUGUAUUUGUAUAUAGUGUACUAUCUAAAUUUAAUGUAUUUAAUCUGGAAAAAUAAAACAUUCAAAUUUUCAUACAGUA